GUACUGGAGCUGCCUUGCUAGUAAACGAAAUUUGUCGUUAAGGUACCUCAAACAUGUCUACAGGAAGUCAAAUUAAUCUUCCGAGCGGUGCCAUCACCGUGAAGACUUCGCUCAUCAACUCAGUCAAUUUUGGACCAGCGGAGAUACACCGAUUCAUGUCGCCAGCCGUGCCAGGACUAGAGACCCUCGAGACAUCACCAUCUCAUUCGUUCUUGAUCGAACAUCCAUCCGGUCGAAAACUAGUGUUCGACUUGGGCAUUCGAAAAGACUACCAAAACUAUGCUAAAAAGAUUGUUGAGUAUCUUCCAACGACAAACUACACCAUCAACGUCACGCACAAUGUUGCAGAUAUUCUGCAAGAGAGUGGCAUCGACUUGAAUGAGAUAGAAGCAGUGGUUUGGAGUCACUGGCAUUGGGAUCAUAUAGGCGACCCAUCUUCAUUUCCAAAUUGUGUUGAACUGGUGGUAGGGCCAGGCUUCAAAGACGCGAUGCUGCCGGGUUACCCUGCCGAUCCCGACUCUCCCAUCCGCGAGAGCGAUUAUGCGGAUAGAACGCUGCGCGAGAUCACCUUCAAGACAGGACUGCAGAUUGGAAAAUUCCCUGCGUAUGACUACUUUGGCGAUGGCAGCUUCUACCUAUUGGACAGUCCCGGUCAUACCAUUGGACACCUGUGUGGUUUAGCUCGGACAACUGGUGGAGAAGACAGCACAUUUGUUCUACUUGGAGGUGAUGUCUGCCACUACGCUGGGAUCUUCAGGCCGUCAGUACAUCUACCUGUACCCGAUGCGAUUUUGCCUCACCCCUGCCUCCCAACUGCAAAUUUUCCCUUGUGUCCAGGCACAGCAUUUGUGGAGCUACAGAGGGCUCGAGGCAGAGACUCGAAGAGCUCAUUGUACGACAUGACUUUUGGUCAUGACAUUCCGCUUGCGCAGCAUACUGCAACUUGGCUACAGGAAUUAGACGCGGAUGACCGGAUUUUUGUGAUCAUCGCACAUGAUUCAACUGUCAGAGAUGGAGUCGACCAUUUUCCCAAGUCAUUGAAUGACUGGAAAAGCAAGGGGUGGGGGCAGUCGCUCAAGUGGGCGUUCUUUAGAGAUCUCAAGGUGUAUUGGAAGCAGCAAGGAAUCCUGUAGGCCAAUGCUGGAGAGACUUAGUGCGAUUCUACUCCAGCUAUCUACCGCCAUCUCCAGCCAUCUCUUUUCUCGUCGCAAAUGCCAUAGAAUAUAUUGCUCUCGCCU